CUCGCGCAGGCUGCGGCUCACGUGUCCCGGACUUGUCUCUCUCACAUGACCCUCGUGUUUGUCCCCGUGAUCAGCGCCGCCGUCUCCGCGUUUCAAGUGUUGCCGAAUAUCGCGUUUAAAAAAAAAGAGAGAGAGAGAAUCGCUCACCUUCAUGGAUAUGCUCGAACAGAGCCUGGACGCUCAGACGAGUCACGAGAAACAGGAAACUGAGGAGGUUGUUCAGUUGCAGGAAGGUGAAGGAGUAGGGGCGGAGGAAUCAACGGCGGUUACCAUAGCGAGCACCCAGCAAACCGCUGUUUUUGCCGACAAUGUCCAGUACCAGUUCCGCACAGAAAACAGCAGUGGGCAGGUGACAUAUCGCGUCGUCCAGUUAACAGAAGACCAGUUGGAAGCAGCUGGAGAUGGAGGAGCUGCGGUCAGUGUCGUAUCCACUGCCGCCUUUGCUGGAGCCCAGCAGGCGGUUGCACAGGCUGUUAUCCAGAACCCUUUCAGUAACGGAGGGAGUCCGGCAGGUGAGACGGUCGGGGGUGAGACACGUUUCGCCUACUUCCCGGCUGCUACGGUCAGCGACGGUACAGCGACAGCAGUUUCAGUGCAGGCAGCCUCUGAUGCGACUCUUGCACCAGCAGCAGGUCAGUUUUACGUGAUGAUGAGCCCUCCAGAUGUGUUACAAACAGGCACGCCGCGGACCAUCGCCCCUCGAACACACACUUAUUCCACGAAGAUGGAUGGCCCGAGAGCACCGCGGGACGAGAGGAGGAGAGCGCAACAUAACGAAGUGGAAAGAAGAAGAAGAGACAAAAUCAACAACUGGAUAGUCACACUGUCAAAAAUCAUCCCAGACUGCAACAUGGACAACACCAAAACUGGAGCAAGCAAAGGAGGAAUCCUGUCCAAAGCGUGUGACUACAUCAGAGAGCUCAGGCAGAGCAACCAGAGGCUGCAGGAGAGUUUUAAAGAGGUGGAGAGAAUACAGGUGGAUAACGAGCUCUUAAGACAGCAGAUCGAAGACUUGAAGAACGACAACGCACUGCUCAGAGCCCAACUCCAACAGCACGGCCUUGAAAUCAGCGGAGAGACCAUUUCACAGUGACGGACAGUCACACGCAGAACGGAAUAGACACAGCUCUACAAAAUCACCUCACAGACUCCAGAUGUUUGUUAACCCGAUAGAAUAAUAAUGGCUAUCUGAUAUUAACAGAAGAAAUUAUCAGAGAAACUAUUGAACAAUAGAUAAAAAAAAGCACAUCUACUGUUCCACCUGUCAGAGCUUGACCUACACGGACGCGGCAACAAACUGAAACGCACCACAAUAUGUGACGUAAACCGGCCUGCAUCGGACUAACGUCUUUUUUUUUUUUUUUUUUUUUUUUUUUUUUGGAAUUAUGAUGAAUUGAAAUUCUCAACAAUGCCUCAUGAUCACAUUUUGUUUGAACUUGUGGUGGUUUUUUCCUCUACCCCAAUGCACCCCCCUCACCCCUGUAUUUCUUCAUAAUUAUUACUGCUGUCUCCAGAAUGUUGUAUUGUUUUGUCUGCAUUAUUUAUUAGCGCACAGAGAAGUACACAACAGUUGAACACAAUCACUUCUUUCACAUUUAAAACGCUUUGCAGUUCAUUAGAGCCAUUUAAGGUCUAGAUCUUUAAGCAAUUUCUAAGAUUCUGUUCAUCAGAUUUAUCAAAAGUCGUGGACGAGUUGUGGUGUAGAUGUACUGGGCAAUUAAUGAUUCAGAAUUUAAUUAAGCAAGUGAUGUUUAGAGAGGGGGGGCACGGUGGCUUAGUGGUUAGCACGUUCGCCUCACACCUCCAGGGUUGGGGUUCGAUUCCCGCCUCCACCUUGUGUGUGUGGAGUUUGCAUGUUCUCCCCGUGCCUCGGGGGUUUCCUCCGGGUACUCCGGUUUCCUCCCCCUGUCCAAAGACAUGCAUGGUAGGUUGAUUGGCAUCUCUGGAAAAUUGUCCCUAGUGUGUGAUUGCGUGAGUGAAUGAGAGUGUGUGUGUGCCCUGCGAUGGGUUGGCACUCCGUCCAGGGUGUAUCCUGCCUUGAUGCCCGAAGACGCCUGAGAUAGGCACAGGCUCCCCGUGACCCGAGGUAGUUCGGAUAAGCGGUAGAAGAUGAAUGAAUGAAUGAAUGAAUGUUUAGAGAGCUCGGGGUUGACAGAGGACGUACUGUGGGACAGAAACGCUUGAUCGGAUGUCCCAUACUUUGAAUCCGUUUUCUAAACACUUUGUCUCCACAUAAAAUAUUUACAUUAAAGCGCCAUAGCGAGAAUGGCUUGAGCAGACCUCAGAAUUCAGACCUGUACUGUAUCCCAAACCAAAACCCCAGGAUAAAUGUGCUGAACAGAACCAAUGGUCUCAAUUAGGAGGAAAUGCUUACCUACUUAAAAAUGCUUCCCAAUAACCACCUCUCCCACCUGUACCUGCCUUAAAAACUGCAAUAUCGCUUUGCUGUGAUAACUUAGAGAUUAAUACAUUUAGUGGAAACCGUAGUUUACAUC